CCUCCACGGCUGAUCCUGCCGGGCAGUCCCACAAUGCAGAGCGCAUGGCGCGUCAUUGGAGCGAGCCGACGAUGAUGGCGGCGGUCGGUGCACCAGAAGUGAUCACACAACUGGAGAGCGCUGCCAAAGUUUUAAUGGCACCGCCGUCCAUGGUCAGCACAGAGCAGAGGCAACACGCUGAACACGUAUUCCUCUCCUUCAGGAAGUCCAAAUCCCCGUUCGCCAUCUGCAAGCACAUCCUCGAGACCAGUAAGGUGGACUAUGUGCUAUUCCAGGCAGCCACGGCCAUCAUGGAGGCUGUUGUGCGGGAGUGGAUCCUGCUGGAGAAGCCCAGCAUCGAGUCCCUCCGGGCCUUCCUCCUCACCUACGUCUUACAGAGACCCAACCUGCAGAAGUAUGUCCGUGAGCAGAUCCUGCUGGCUGUGGCAGUCAUCGUGAAGCGAGGCUCCCUGGACAAAAGCAUCAACUGCAAAAGCAUCUUCCACGAGGUCGGCCAGCUCAUCGGCAGCGGGAACCCCACAGUGCAAACCCUGGCCUGCUCCAUCCUGACCGCUCUGCUCAGCGAGUUCUCCAGCUCCAGUAAGACCAGCAGCAUCGGCCUCAGCAUGGAGUUUCACGGCAACUGCAAGCGCCUCUUUCAGGAGGACGGCUUGCGUCAGAUCUUCAUGCUGACCAUGGAGGUGCUGCAGGAGUUCAGUCGCAGAGAGAACCUCAACGCUCAGAUGUCCUGCGUCUUCCAGCGCUACCUGGCUCUGGCCAACCAGGUCCUCAGCUGGAACUUCCUGCCCCCCAAUCUAGGGCGCCACUACAUCGCCAUGUUCGAGGCCACGCAGAACGUGACGCUGAAGCCUACGGAGUCCUGGAGGGAGGCGCUGCUGGACACCCGCGUCAUGGACCUCUUCUUCUCUAUACACAGGAAGAUCCGGGAGGACUCUGACAUGGCCCAGGACUCCCUCCAGUGCCUGGCCCAGCUGGCCUCCAUGCACGGGCCCAUCUUCCCAGACGAGAGCGCCCAGGUCUCUUAUCUGGCUCACAUGGUGGAGGGCCUGCUCAGUAUGAUCAACGGGAUUGAGAUCGAGGACUCGGAGGCGGUGGGCAUCUCCAACAUCAUCUCCAACCUGAUCACCAUGUUCCCCCGGAGUAUUUUAACGGCGCUGCCCAGCGAGCUCUUCACCUCCUUCAUCAACUGCCUCACGCUGCUCACCUGCUCGUUCGGACGCAGCGCCGCCCUGGAGGAGGUGCUGGAUAAAGACGACAUGGUGUACAUGGAGGCCUACGAUAAGCUGCUGGAGUCGUGGCUGACGCUGGUGCAGGACGAGGAGCACUUCCCCCGCGGCUGCUUCGUCCAGCCGGCCAUCCAGGUCUUUAACUCGUACAUCCAGUGUCACCUGGCCGCUCCCGACGGCACGCGCAAUCUGUCUGUAAACGGACUGGCGUCGCACGAGGAGGAGGAGAUCAACGAGCUGCAGGAGGAUGACAGAGAGCUGUUCUCAGACCAGCUGUCGAGCAUCGGCAUGUUGGGCCGCGUGGCUGCAGACCACUGCAUCCCCCUGCUCACCAGCCUGCUGGAGGACCGAGUGAACAGGUUGCACGGCCAGCUCCAGAGGACCCACCAGCACCUAAUGGCCUCAUCCGACCCGGGAUCAGUAGAUCGCAAGGUUCUGGAUGACCUGUACGAGGACAUCCACUGGCUGAUUCUGGUCUCAGGUUAUCUACUGGCAGACGAUCCUCAGGGUGAGACCCCGCUGAUCCCCUCAGAAGUCAUGGAGUUCUCCAUCAAACACUCAACAGAGGUGGACAUCAACACCACGCUACAGAUCCUCGGCUCCCCGGGAGAAAAGGCCUCCUCCAUCCCGGGCUGCAACCGCACAGACUCUGUCAUCAGGCUGCUGUCUGCAGUGCUGAGGAUCUCAGAGGUGGAGUCCAGGGCGACCAGAGCGAGCCUGACGGAGCUGCUGAGUCCGCAGAUGGGCAAGGACAUCGUGUGGUUCCUCAGGCGAUGGGCUAAGACGUACCUCCUGGUGGACGAGAAGCUCUACGAGCAGAUCAGCAUUCCUCUGAGCACAGCGUUCGGGGCAGACACCGAGGGAGCCCAGUGGAUUGUGGGAUACCUGCUGGAGAAGGUCAUUAACAAUCUGUCGGUGUGGAGCUCGGAGACGGAGCUGGCCAACGACACGGUGGAGCUGCUGGUGACGCUGGUGGAGAAGAGGGAGAGGGCCAACAUGGUGGUGCAGUGCGAGGGCUGGUGGAACCUGGCGAAGCAGUUCGCCAGCCGCAGCCCGCCCCUCCACCUGCUCUCCAGCUCCGUGCAGAGGUCCCUGAUGAAAGCUCUGGUCCUGGGAGGCUUCGCCAACAUGGACGCCGACACCAAGCAGCAGUACUGGGCUGAGGUGCUCCAUCCUCUGCAGCAGCGAUUCCUCAACCUCAUCAACCAGGAGAACUUUGCUCAGAUCAGCCAGGAAGAGGCUGUCAAGCAGGAAAUAGUCGCCACACUGGAGGCGCUGUGCGGCAUCGCAGAGGCAACGCAGAUAGACAACGUGGCGUCGCUCUUCUCCUUCCUCAUGGACUUCCUGUCCAGCUGCAUCGGCCUCAUGGAGGUCUACAGCAACACGCCUGAAACCAUCAACCUCAUCAUAGAGGUUUUUGUGGAAGUGGCCCACAAGCAGAUCUGCUACCUGGGAGAGACCAAGUCCAUGAAGCUGUACGAAGCCUGCCUGACGCUGCUGCAGGUCUACUCCAAAAACAACCAGAGCAGGAAGCGAAACGACGCCACGGCCGAGGAGGACCAGUACCAGGACCUGCUGCUCAUCAUGGAGCUGCUCACCAACCUGCUGUCCAAAGAGUUCAUAGACUUCAGCGAUAAUGACGAAGUGUUUCGAAGCCAAGAGCAGGGGACGCCGGCGUCGAGUCGGACCGUCUCUGCAGCGGACGUCGUCCUCUACGGAGUCAAUAUCGUUCUUCCACUCAUGUCUCAGGACCUCCUGAAGUUUCCUUCUCUGUGUAACCAGUACUACAAGCUGAUCACCUUCAUCUGUGAGAUCUUUCCAGAGAAGAUCCCACAGCUGCCCGAAGACCUUUUUAAGAGCCUCAUGUUUUCACUGGAGCUGGGAAUGACCUCCAUGAGCUCAGAGGUCAGUCAGCUGUGUUUGGAGGCUCUGUCUCCUCUGGCUGAACAGUGCGCCAAAAACCAGGAGAAGGACUCGCCCCUCUUCAUCGCCACCCGCCACUUCCUCAAGCUGGUGUUUGACAUGCUGGUGCUACAGAAGCACAACACGGAGAUGACGGUGGCAGCAGGGGAGGCGCUCUACACACUGGUGUGCCUGCAUCAGGCGGAGUACUCGGAGCUGGUGGAGACUCUGCUGUCCUCUCAGAGAGACGCCAUAAUCUACCAGCGGCUGGCCGACGCCUUCAACAAGCUGACGGCCAGCAGCACGCCGCCCACCAUGGACCGGAAGCAGAAGGUGGCCUUCCUGAAGAGCCUGGAGGAGUUCGUGGCCAACGUCGGCGGCCUCCUCUGCGUAAAGUAACCACUAAGAACCGACGCAGGCCUGGAUAACCCUGUCGUCCUGGAAAGCAACCAAUCAAAGACGCCCUCCGUGCCCCUCCCUCCCACCCUCUGCAUCGUACCUGGGAACUACGCUGAGUGGAGUCGGCUGGAAGCACGGCAGGAUCCCGCCGCCUCCCAGGGUCCUUUUCAGCUGAAUGUUUACCUUCUUUUCACCUGGGAUCUCUUUUUAAUGAUUUAUGUUUUAACCCCCCCCCCCCUCCGGUACAAUUACACCCACGGCACCUCAAGAGUUGCUGACGGCGAGGUGGGACAGCAGAGCAGAUGGACUCGGUGAGAGGCUCCUUCCCUGUCAGAGGUACGGCGCGCCGGCCGUCACGAUGAUGAGCGGCAGUGCAGGGGCUGGAGUCUGCUGGAAUGUAAACACACACUAAGGCUGAGACCCGAUGCCAUUAAUUAGAUUCUGGAUGUGAUGUAACGUUCUUAGUUCACCCCCCUCCCCCCCGGUUCUUCCCAGAGUGCCUUUGUUUUCUUGAUUGUGCGACGUGUGUAUGAAUGGAUCAUGUCAUGCAUCAAGUCCACCUAUAUAGACUGUGCCUACCGUGUGCCCAGAGUACAGCACUUCCACUCUGAAAUGCAUGAACAAAACCAGUCGUUGCCAGGACAACAGACGCGUGGCCAGCCCGGGCUGUCUUUGAGGUUUGUUCAACCACACAGCACAAGGGAGCGUUUGCUUGUCGGUGACCUCAGAAAACCAAAAUAAAGAGGCUGUGUACAUAUAUACAGUAAACCUAUAAGUGUAUGAUGUUCUCAACCUGGAGAUGUUCAUUUAAAGAUCACAGAUGACUGAAAUGUUUUUAUAUGCCAGUAGAGACGGCAGGUCGUGCGAGUUCGGCGAAAGAGGGAGCAACUUUUGCCACGUUGACCUUAGCGGUUUGAUAGUUUGAUUUUUUUUUUUCUAUUUGGAGUAUAGUUGACCUAUCAGCUCCUCUGCGCCUUACACAGACGGAGGUGUGGUCUGCGAGGCGCAGCAGGUUCCUUUUUCUACAGCAGCGCAUCCACAGCACGACUCCUCAGACAAAACACUGGAUUAUAGACUGUUGGAAGGGAAGGAAAGCAAUAACUUACCAAAUAAAAAGGAGCCAGAGCCACCUGUGGAAACAUCGUGUUGGAGACAGAAUCCGCUUCAGAGCACUAUCCCAGUUAUUGUAGAUGGCUGUUUUGUUAAUGAAGUGUAAAAGUGUACAUAAAGUUAUUGUAUAAAAUCC